UAUGCUGUUUACAUGAUAUAAAGAUCUGCGGUGUUGAUAUCGAAAGCACACGAACCGUAUUUUUUUUUUGUGCAAGGAAACAAUGCCAUCUUCUUUUUAAUAUGGAAAACAGGCUCUGAACGCAUCCUGCUCUGUUUUAGUGGACGUUGAUCGCUUUUGUUUGCAGAGGGUGAACGAUAAAAAUAAUGAUAUUCUGCGAUUAAAGGAUGAAGCGGUUCAGCCACGAGGGCUUUGAUGACCAUCACUGUAUUCAACACGUUAUGCUGUAAGGCUUUUUACGCUGUAAGAGGAGAAACGGGAGGAAAAGCGGCGUCUUUAACGGGGUUUGGUUACAGUCAGAGGGAUGGUGGCAGAGAUGAGCUGCGGGGCGGCUUGUCACCUGGAAGACGGAGACGGAGAUGUUCCCGCACUGGAAAGCAAAGAUAACCUGUCAGAAAACGACAGCAGCGGCUCAGAAAAUUCCGGGACGUCCACCGAGGAAAGCUCGGAGGACGAGAAUGAAGAGGAGGACGAGAAUGAAGAGAAAGACAAGACCGCAGAUGGCCAUGCUGGAGGUGACGCAGAAGAGGAAGACCACAAAGAGACCACCGCAGAAGAGAGUAAAAAAAGUGCUGAACCAGAAGCAGCGGCGUUAAACGGCAGAGAUGACAGAUUCAAGUUACGCUGUGAAAAAUGCAAAGCCAUUCACCAGACCCACGGCAGUGAGCUUGUUACACCUCAGAGGCUCUCAAAGGGACGAUUUCAGUUGCCGCUGGAAGCAGAAGGCACUUACGAGUGCUCUGUCACCGGCCUGGUGUUUGAAGCAAGUGAGCGGGUUCUCGUGCGGUACUCUGUCCUGUCUUGGUCCAAAUUUGGCGCCUUCCUGCCGAACUCGUGGAAAUGCGCCGGACCCAUCUUCAACGUGGACACGGUCAACAAAGACGCAUCCGUCCUCAAGUCCAUCCAGUUUCCUCACUGCAUCUGYUUGGCUCAUCCAGAGGAGGACAUGACGUUCAGCGUCCUUCACAUAAAAGACAACCGCCCGCUGAUCGAGCCCACCUCGGACCACACAGGGAGCCACGUUAAGUGGAACGUGAGCUCCCUGUCGCCCGUGGGUCCCAUCUUUCGGACGAGCCAAGCCGUGGAGCACCACGGGGUGGUGCUGGUGUACAAGCAGCUCUGCAGCGACGCAAACAGCUACAGCUUCCACGUCUACCUGGCCACCAACAGCGCGUCGGACAUCAAGGAUAUAGGCAAACAAGUGCGGGCCUGCAAGAAUCGUUAYGUUAGGAUCGAUAAGCCUCCCACGUGCAAACUGGACGAGGGGACGUAUCGUCUCCUGAGCGAGCCGGAGGGAGAGAUCAAACCUCAGGACCUAAAAUUCACCCUGGCAGUGACCAAGAUGAAAGGCUAUUUCGAAGCUUUCUUUGAGCAGCCGCCUCCUUUUAAAUUAUCUCUAAUAGAGAUUAACUCAGAACAGACUGUAUGGGAUGUCACCAUCAGAGAAGGUGACUGUGUAAAUAACACAGAAAAGAAGCCGAGGAAACGAACAGAGUGCAGGAAGAGGAGCAGCAGCCCCUCAGAAGAAGAAAYUGCCUGCAAAAGGCCUCGAUGGCAGGAUGAGUCAGAUGGGGUAAGCGCAGUGACGACUCAGUGUCAGGACUUGUCAGAGAAGCAGCUGCUGCGGGUAGCCAAGCAGCUCGGGACGGAGUGGAAGCAGGUGGCCAUCUACCUYGGCCUGAAAUCCCGGGAGCUGGACGACAUCCAGGCGGUGGAGAAAGAUGUGAACAUGCAGAAGCUGAAGAUGCUGGUGGAGUGGAAGAGCCGAAGGGGGUCGGGCGAAGCCACAGCGUCCCACCUGUUGGAGAGUUUGGAGGAGCUGGACGACUUACCCAAYGAGGUUUAUCAGACUCUGAAAGGUACAGCCCAGCUGAUAUACAGAAGAGUACAUUAUAACACUCUUCAAUACAUUAUAUAAUGCAAUCUGAUUAUAUAUCAAAUAUAUGAUUCAAUACAUUAUAAUAUAUUAUGUAAAAUC